CAAUUUCUGCAUUCGCCUCCACUUUCGUCAUAUCUUCUGCUGCGACUGAAAUGGCGGCGGCCACCUCUUCUAUCUCUUCUGCAAUCUCUACUGCUCGAUCUUCAUCAUCCAAAUGCAAAGCCUUAAAAGCCCCCGCUACUCCUGCUGGCGUCAGUUUGGGGUUCCUCGCCUCGAGCUCCAGGGCCCUGAAACCCUUGAGAUCAAGCCGCUGCGUUGGAGGCGGAAAUGGUUCGGCUCUCGGAGCCCGCAUGGUGUCUGCACCAGCUUCCGUGAAGCCAUUGACUUCACUGGACUUCGAGACAUCUGUAUUUAAGAAAGAGAAGGUCACUCUUGCCGGUAAUGACGAGUAUAUUGUAAGGGGAGGGAGGGAUUUAUUCCCUUUACUGCCAGAUGCAUUCAAGGGGAUUAAGCAGAUUGGAGUUAUUGGUUGGGGUUCCCAGGGACCUGCUCAAGCCCAGAACUUAAGGGAUUCUCUUGCUGAGGCUAAGUCCGAUGUUGUUGUGAAGAUUGGACUAAGAAAGGGCUCACGUUCAUUUGCUGAAGCCCGUGCUGCUGGUUUUACUGAAGAAAAUGGGACUUUGGGUGACAUCUGGGACACUAUUUCUGGCAGUGAUCUUGUGUUGCUGUUGAUCUCUGAUGCUGCACAGGCUGAUAACUAUGAAAAAGUAUUUUCCCACAUGAAGCCGAAUAGCAUACUUGGGCUUUCCCAUGGGUUUCUUCUUGGGCAUUUACAGUCAAUGGGACUUGAUUUCCCAAAAAAUAUUAGCGUUAUCGCUGUGUGUCCCAAGGGAAUGGGUCCAUCUGUGAGGAGGCUUUAUGUUCAAGGCAAAGAGAUCAAUGGUGCAGGAAUUAAUGCCAGUUUUGCAGUCCACCAGGAUGUAGAUGGUAGUGCUACAGAUGUUGCCUUGGGGUGGUCAGUGGCCCUUGGUUCUCCUUUUACCUUUGCGACUACACUGGAGCAGGAGUACAAGAGUGACAUCUUUGGGGAGCGGGGCAUUUUACUCGGUGCUGUUCAUGGAAUUGUGGAGUCAUUAUUCAGGAGAUUCACUGAACAUGGAAUGAGUGAAGAAACGGCUUACAAGAAUACUGUUGAAUGCAUAACGGGAAAUAUAUCAAGGACCAUCUCAACUCAGGGCAUGUUAGCUGUCUACAAUUCCUUGUCAGAAGAAGGGAAGAGGGAUUUUGAGAUUGCGUACAGUGCGUCAUAUUAUCCACUCAUGGACAUCUUGUACGAGUGCUAUGAAGAUGUAGCUUCUGGUAAUGAGAUCCGCAGUGUUGUACUAGCUGGGCGCCGCUUUUAUGAAAAGGAUGGUCUUCCAGCUUUCCCAAUGGGGAAUAUCGAUCAGACAAGAAUGUGGAAAGUUGGUGAACGAGUCAGAUCAGUACGGCCAGCAGGUGAUUUGGGGCCAUUGUACCCAUUCACAGCUGGAGUCUUUGUGGCGCUAAUGAUGGCCCAGAUUGAGAUCUUGAGAAAGAAGGGCCAUUCAUAUUCUGAGAUCAUCAAUGAAAGUGUGAUCGAGUCAGUGGACUCUUUGAAUCCUUUUAUGCAUGCUCGUGGGCUUUCUUUUAUGGUUGACAACUGCUCAACAACCGCAAGAUUGGGAUCGAGGAAGUGGGCUCCACGUUUCGAUUACAUCCUUACCCAACAAGCCUUGGUAGCUGUGGACAAUGGUACCUCUGUUAAUGGCGAUCUCAUUAGCAACUUCUUAUCAGAUCAGGUGCAUGGAGCCAUUGAAGUCUGUGCCCAGUUGAGACCUACAGUGGACAUAUCAGUUCCCGCUGAUGCUGAUUUUGUGCGUCCAGAGUUGCGUCAGUCCAGCGGUUAAAGGUCAUCAAAAACCAUUAGCUUCUGUCUAAUCAUAUGAUGCAUUCCCUUGGGAGGAGGUAGUUUUAUUGCAUGCAGAUUGUAGCUUACAAAUCUAUGGGUGCAGUUUAUCCAGUUAUAUUUGUAACGUGAUGAAUUUGUGUGUUUUUGUUAUGCAAGUAGACAUGAUGAUGAGGGUCAGUCAUUGGUCAGAAACUUGGAAGAAGACUUUGUAACCAUGAAAUAAUGGCUGUAAUGGUUGAAGUGUUUUUCAUCUCUGUGAUUUUCUCCCUUUGUUUUAAAUGAAGUUUGAAACAAGCUUGGAGAAGAA